AUGGUCUCAUUUAGUCUGUGCACGUUGGAACAAGUGAACAUGUUGCGUGUUGUGGCUUACGUCUGCGCUCUCCUGGCACUGGCACACGGACAGACCACCAAUGUACAGUCGUGUAGUGGAGUCAAUGCACCAUUGCCGAUCAACGCGCACAUUGAGGGCUGUAUGCAGCCGCCAUGUAUUUUUCCGCAGGGCACUUAUGCGGUGAUUAACGUCGUAUUCCGAGCACCGCGCUACAUUCAAACCAUGACUACUGUUGCGACAGCACAAAUAGGCGUACCAUUCCCUUACCCUCUUGGAGAGGCCGCACAGACAUGCAAUUACCUCACUAACAGCUACUGUCCUCUUGUCGAGGGUGAGGUAGUGCAGUACACCCUACAUAUGUUCAUCGAGAGCUCAUUCCCCGCGGGAACUAGUCUACCAGUCGAAUUCAGGGUUAAUGAUGGUGGUGCAAUCUUUGGUACGCCAAUCUGGUGCAUCCGUGUCCCCCUGACAAUUGUUCCUCCACUCCCUAGUUCUAAUAUGUCUGCCCGCAAUGCUACUGUAGCUGACAAAGUAUAAUCUUAAAAAAUACUGCACUCGUUAUUAACAUUAAUAUAAUCAGUCUAUAAGUGCACAUUGUUCUAUAAAGGCUUCUUCUCACACGUAGAAGGAUUGAGCAUUAAUCACCACAGAUGCUCGAAGUGAAUUGGCGAUUGCAAACUUAUAAUUAGAAGUUAUAUAUGCAGGUUUUCUCACGAGGUUUUCAUUCACCGUAAGACAGUAGUGUUUAGGUAAUCUUAGAAAGAACUUGUAGCUCGGAAGAAGUCACAUUGAUACUUGUCAAGUACAGGUACCCGCACCCCGCAUGAAACGCAGGCGCAUUUAUUUGACAUGUCAUUGAACAUUAAAUUACAUUACAAUAUGCUCAUGCUAUUAAACUGUCAAACACCAAGCGGUCACCGGUGACCGCAACCUAUUGUUCUAUAAUUGUGUCUACAAAACCGGUACUCGACGAGUUAAAGUGAUAUGUUUUGUACAGAAAAACCAAAAAUUGUAAACAUUCAUUCUAUACCUCUAUAUUUUAAGAAAUAAAUUAAUUUGUACAAUUUUAUGACUUCA